AACAAGUAACAUUGAAUGAUACAAAUUGAGUAAGAGAACAAUCUAUUUUGAUAUAAUUAUGGAGACGACUAGACCUGAUAGUCAAAAAACUGAGGAACCGGCUUCUGCAAGAGUUUCUUCCUCAAGUUCUAAUCAACUAUUUAUAGCAGACAGUUUGGACUUGCCUGACGACACAUUUCGUAUGAGUCUGGAUAGUUAUUCAGUUAUCGGCGAAAAUGUAACUAUAGGAGACAGGAACUCUUCCAUAGAUAUAAAGCCAGCUGGUUUGGCUAAAACUUCUGCUGCAACGCCGGCCGUUGAAACCCCUGAAACUCCAAUUGUUGAGCCGUUUACUCCGCCUCCUGAUACUCUGAUAACUGAUCCUUGCACGCCACCCCCAGAACCGUCCCCGGUUAUUGUAGAAACACCGAAGAUAAACGAGCAAGAUAAAAUAAAAAGAACGCAGAAUUUGUUGAAGUUGUCACUCAUUAAAAACAUCGAUGAUGUUUUCGUUAAGCCGUCUCCAGUUAUGGAGGUCAUGUCGCCGGCAAGAAUGCUACAGUUCGAGGUGGACGCGUGCGCGACGCCGACUAUGAAAAGAGCUGCAAUCAAUUUCGAUUUCUUUAAACAGAACAAUUUUGAUGAAUACUUUGACGACGAUCCUAAAGAAGAAAUGGAAGAGAAGGAAACAAUUGAGGUUUCUAAAGAUCCUAAUCCAAAUGAGAAGCCGUUUGAAGAGGCUGCCGUUAUCGUGAAGGCCAAGGACAUUGUACGACAUGAAAUUGGUUAUGUCAAUCUAAACGGCCAAUCAAAAGUGGACAUAUCACAUUUCGACCUGCUCAAAGUUCUCGGUACAGGAGCGUACGGCAAAGUGUUUCUAGUGAAAAAGAGAUGCGGCGUCGACGAGGGAAAGCUAUACGCGAUGAAGGUGCUCAAAAAGGCUUCCAUAGUGCAGAAACUAAAAACGGCAGAACACACCAGGACGGAGAGACAGGUCCUGGAAGCGGUGAGAGAGUGCCCGUUCCUGGUCACGCUACAUUACGCCUUCCAGACAGACUCCAAACUACACCUCAUACUUGAUUACGUUGCUGGCGGGGAGCUGUUCACACACCUGUACCAAAGGGAGCAUUUCUACGAGAAUGAAGUCCGGAUAUACAUCGCCGAGAUCAUACUUGCGCUCGAGCAGUUACAUAAGCUCGGCAUCAUCUACCGCGACAUCAAACUGGAGAACAUCCUUCUGGACGCUGAAGGUCACAUAGUGUUGACUGACUUCGGCCUCUCCAAGGAGUUCUGCGGCGGAGAGAGCAGAGCCUACAGCUUCUGCGGGACCAUCGAGUAUAUGGCGCCUGAGGUGGUCAGAAGUGGCAGUCAGGGGCAUGAUAUCGUGAGUACCUUUAUAUAUUAACUUAAGGGAGGUUAUGGCCGGUAAACUGGGGAAUAUUCUCCUGGAAGAAGGCUACAUAGUGUUGACUGACUUCGGCCUCUCCAAGGAGUUCUGCGGCGGAGAGAGCAGAGCCUACAGCUUCUGCGGGACCAUCGAGUAUAUGGCGCCUGAGGUGGUCAGAAGUGGCAGUCAGGGGCAUGAUAUCGUGAGUACUUUUAUAUAUUAACUUAAGGGAGGUUAUGGCCGGUAAACUGGGGAAUAUUCUCCUGGAAGAAGGCUACAUAGUGUUGACUGACUUCGGCCUCUCCAAAGAGUUCUGCGGCGGAGAGAGCAGAGCCUACAGCUUCUGCGGGACCAUCGAGUAUAUGGCGCCUGAGGUAGUCAGAAGCGGCAGUCAGGGGCAUGGUAUCGCGGUGGACUGGUGGUCGGUCGGCGUUCUCACCUACGAGCUCCUAACGGGGGCAUCACCGUUCACCGUGGAAGGCGAGAAAAACACGCAACAAGAAAUCACCAAACGCAUAGUGCGGUGUAGCUACCCCGUGCCCACGGAAGUCAGUCCAGAAGUCCAGGACUUUAUUAAAAAGUGAGUCUUGAUAUAA